CCCGUGGAUCUACCCGGUCCUAAAUGGACAGCAUGUCGCCGCAGCACGGGACCACCGGACAGAACCGGACCACCGGACAGAACCGGACCACCGGACAGAACCGGUCCGGCUCUCUGACGGGGGACAGCAAGAAGAAGAUGAAGACUUUGGCCCAGAGGCGACAGUCUGCUCCCUCGCUGGUCAUCAGCAAAGCACUCACCAGAUCGAGAAGCACGUCCAGGGAAAGCUGCAUGACACCAGCCAGCCCAGAGUCCUGUGCCCUGGUCCAGGCCUUCCUGGCUGAUUGUCCACGCCGCCUGUUCCUGGGUCACGCCCAAACGCAGCUGAAGACAGGCCUGCAGACCCAGGAGAGACACCUCUUCCUCUUCACUGACACGCUGCUCGUCGCCAAGGCCAAGUCUCCCACUCACUUCAAGGUGAAGGCCCAGGUCCGAGUGUGUGAGAUGUGGACGGCCGGCUGCAUGGACGAGGUGUGUGAGGGCAGCACCAGCCCAGAGAGGAGCUUCGUCAUGGGCUGGCCCACCUGCAACUGUGUGGCCACCUUCAGCUCCCAGGAGCACAAGGACAGGUGGUUGGCACUCAUCAAAAGUCGGAUACUUGAGGGCAAACGGAAGGACGACCCCAAGACCAUUCCUCUGAAGAUAUUUGCAAAGGAUAUCGGAAAUUGCGCAUAUGCCAAGACACUCGCGGUCAGCAACACCGACAGCACCACGGAUGUUGUCCGCUUGGCUCUGCUGCAGUUUGGCAUAUCGGGCUGCGUCAAAGACCACCGGUUGUGGGUGAACUCCAGUAAGGACGACCCUCCUUACCCUCUCAUCGGCCACGAGUUUCCAUUCAGUAUCAAGAUGAGCCACAUUCGGGACAGCAAGAGCUCCGGUGGUGGAGGACUGGGAGGUGUGGGAGGAGGACCGGGGAGAGAUCCAACGAGUCCCGCGGACUGUCCAGGGGUGCUGCUGCUCGACCAGUGUCUCCCUCCAGACACCCAGUGCCAGUUCAUCCUCAAACCCAGCAAGGUGGCCCCGGGACAGGCUCCACUUAUAGAGCCCGGUCAGCAGAAGUCCUUUAAGAGGAAGAGGUCUCUGAUCAACUGGCCCUUCUGGAGAGGCUCCAGUUCGCAGCUGGACGGCCCCCCCCAGUCCCCGACCUCGUCCCCCACGCAGGGACGGCUGUUCGGACGCCCCCUGAGCUCCGUCUGCUCUCCAGACCACGGCCUGCCCAAGCCCGUCAUGGACAUGCUGGUGUUCCUGUACCUGGAGGGGCCCUACACCAGGGGGGUCUUCAGGAGGUCCGCCGGGGCCAAAGCCUGCCGGGAGCUCCGGGACCGGCUGGACAACGGGACCCACGACCCGGAGAUCACACACCAGUCUGUGUUCGUCAUCGCUGCUGUCCUCAAGGACUUCCUGCGCAACAUCCCGGGCAGCUUACUGAGUGCAGAUCUGUACGAGCAGUGGAUGGAUGUGAUGGAGGGGGAGGGGGGGGGCGAGAGGACAAGAGCUGUGCAGAGGUUGCUCUGCCUCCUGCCCGGUGACAACCUGCUUCUGCUGCGUCACGUGAUCGCCGUGCUGCACUGUAUCCAAGGCAACGCCCAUGACAACCAGAUGAACGCCUUCAACCUGUCCGUCUGCAUCGCUCCCAGCAUGCUUUGGGCACCGGCGCCAAGCACCCCCGAGAUGGAGGGGGAGGGCACCAAAAAGGUGUGUGAGCUGGUUCUUCUCCUCAUCGACAGCUGCAGCUCCGUCCUGGGAGAAGACGUCCCAUCGCUGUUCAGAGGCUUCAGCCAGAAGAGCAGCGACCACGGAUCAGACGCAUCCUCCUUCCAGAUGAACGACUCCUCCUACGACAGUCUGGAGAACGAGCUGAACGACGACCCCGAGUCUCCAUUCAAGGAGCUGCUGCUCCUGCGUGACAAGGACAAGCCGGAGAGCCGCAGCCGCGACUCCGUCAUCACGCUCAGCGACCCCGACGCCGACCCCGACGCCGACCCCGACGCCGACCCCGACGCCGACCUCCUGCUGCAGCUCCCCGCACUGGCCAGACCCCGGAGGUUCAACCCCGCGGCCCGCCAGCCACGCGCCCGCCAGGCCAACGGGCCGUCGCAAGGGCCCCGGAGGCUCAGGAGGAGCUCAGAGCCUGCCUUGGACCUGGCGAGCGCUCCGUCCUCGGGCGCCGCGACGGUUCACGCCGACAGCGGCCACCUGCCGGUGAGGAAGGCAAGCUACGAUGCCGCCAUGGAGGGUGGGGCGGGGAGGGGUGAGGACGAGGUAUUUCUGGAGCGAGGGAUGAGCGGGCUGCAGCUGAAGGAGGAGGAGGAGGAUGGAUGUGAGAAGGGAGGAGCCAAAGUCCAGAAUUGCGGGUGGCGGAAGCUGAAGCACGCCCCUCCGCCUCCGUUGCGGCUUGAUGCCAGCUGUUCCAGUCUGUCGUCACCGGCAACCUCGCCCACAGGCUCCUCCCUCAGCUCUUUAGACUCCGCCUUCUCGCAGUACUCCACUGACUACGCCACCAACGGGGCGAUUCCAUUGGCGGAGCUCGCUCCACUCUCCCCUCUCUUCCCCGGACGGCCCCAGGUGUCACCCGGGGACUCCACACCUCAGAGGGAAGCCCCGCCCCAUUGGCCCCCCCAGGCGCCGCGUGCCAGCCAAACCCCCCAACAUGGCCUCCACCCAAACACGUGGCUCAAGAAGGACCGCCGCCUGUCGCUGAGGCAGUCUGAUAACGGACACUCAGAGGAGGACCACCCGACCGGGACCGGCGAUGCCCAGGACGCCGCGGGUUCGAACCCAAACUGCCGACGGAGAUCCAGUAGCCCUCCGUCCUACCAGCAGGCUCUGCUGCAGCUGCAGCGUGGCCGCUCCCCUUUCUACAGGGGCGCAGAGAAACCCCUGACCAUCAGAGAGCUGAGGCAGUUCCACGACCAGACCUGCACCCACAGACCCUCGAUGCCAGAGUUCCAGACAGGAAGUGAGGUCGCACAGCGUCUGGCCAGAAACGAGUGUGUGCAGCCCCCGCAGGUGGUUUUCUUUGGACAGAACGCCACCACUCUGGUGCUCCAGAGGCAGAAGUCUCACUCUCUCAUUCCGUCCACGGAGGGACCUAAAGGGAGCCAGACCCUCCCCCGCCAAGCAUCCGAACCCGGCGAGGUCCGGGCGAACUCUCACCCCUCCUGCAGCCUCACCCUGGACUGGCCUCGUGCCCCCAGAGGUCAGACGCAAGACGGCGGCCUGCGAGUGUCCGAGGUGGAGCCUAACCACGCCGAGCCGCGCUUCUGCCUUUCUUCCUCCGCCACGCGGGCCGUGCGGGACUACUUUUCCUCCCAGGGGCAGGAGGAUGCAGACGCUUGCCUGCGGAGGAGUCAGGAGGUGGCGUUGGCUAUCGUACAGGGGAAGAGGGAGUGGCGGAGCCGGCGGUGCAGCGACCCGCGAGUGGACGACUUUGACCAGCUGUUUUUUGCAGAGGAGUCGUACGUGUGAACAAGAAGUGUGUGCAUUUUAUAUUAUAUAUUAUAUUAUUACCCCGUGAACACCUUUAUUCUCUACCUCGGUACGUUGUGUCAAGGUACAUCCAAGGUUUUAGAUUGAAAAAGAUACAGACGGACUUCCUGUUUCCACAUUUUCACCUCCUACCAUCUUUUAUGAUUCCUCAGAAUAUUGGGAUUGACAUGUUUUGAUUAGAUAUUAUAUUUUAAGUUUCAUGUAUUUGACAGCCCUUCGAUAGUGAUUAUUACAAAUUGGAUCCUCCAAGAAAUAUUUUUCUCAGGCAAAAUGAAGGAAGAGGAGUUUCUCCAGAAAAAAAUAAAGAAAGGUCGAUGAAUUAUUUUAUUGUGUUCAUAAGUGUUUUAAAAUCUAAAUAUUUUUUGCAUU